GCCUGGAGGAGGGUUGUUGCUUGUUCAGCCCUGCGUCGCGGAGGGGUGAAUAACCAGUGUGUUGUAUUUAGGUUGGCUGCCAGCUCCCAGGCGUGGCAUGUCUGUCCGUCCCUCUGCCACCCCGGGCUGUGGGACGUGCCUGUCCCAGCUGCCAGCUGCUCUUUAGGGCUUUUGCAGGCAUUUGCAUGCUUGUGCAGCUUCGCCUUGCAAGAACCGAGGCUGGGGGAGCAGCAUUGCUUGCACAGCCUCAGCUCCACAGCUGGCCCGGGGGUCCCGGCAUGGGGGUCCCAGCAUGGGGUCCUGGCAAAGGGUCCCAGGGCCUUUUCUGGGCAGCACACAUGUCCCGUGGGUGCCUUGCAGGCAGUGUACGGUCCCAGCAGUGGUGGCUGGAUUACAAAUGGGGGGGAUUUAGAUUCCAGAGUGCAUUCCCCACCAGAUUAGCUCUGUUACGGGAAGGGCGGGAGGAAGGUGCUGGAUUCCUGCCCUGCUGCCGUGAUGUACCACAGCCACUCUGCGAGCUGUCCUGGGGGCAGCCAGCCAUCCUGGAGUCAGGGAGCAGUGAGAAAGAGGAUGAGGAUGAGGAUGAAGAGGCAGCUACGGUGCAGCAGCAUCCAUCCCUUGGCCAGGAGGUGGGUGAAGCGGAGGAGCAGCUGGCCAAGCUCGAGCAAGCAUCACAGGCACUGCUGGUUGAGCUCUCAGCACUGGAGACUGAGUUCGAGAUUGAGAGGACAUGCCGGCAGCGAGCCGAAGCCUAUGCAGCCCAGGUGAAGCAGGAAAACAAGCAACUGAAGCGGCUCAGCCUGGCACCAAUGGCCCCCGCGGUGCCCCCCGAGGAGCUGCGCCCCGAGGAGGACCCUGACCCUGCCCAGCACUAUGAGCAGCAGCUCCAGGAUCUGCAGGAGAAGAUCUCCUGGCUGCUGGCACAGCAGAAGGAUCUCACCAUCCAGCUCCAGGACCUGCAGAGGCAGAACCAGGACCUGCAGGACCAGCUGGAGAUGGGGCAGGAGGAGCAGCAGUGCUUGCGGGCAGCCCUGGGCAACAGCCAGCGGGCACUGAAGUCCUUCAAGAGAGUGUCCCAGAUUGUCACCCAGGAUUACUGUGAGGUGGUGCAGCAGCUGGAGCUGGAGCAGGACCUGCGCCUGCAUGCCGAAGCCUUCGCCCAUGAGAUGUUGGUGCAAAAGAAGGAAGCGAACAGGCAGAGCAUGAUCCUGCUGCAGAGCGCGGAGCCCAGCACCCAGCUGCUGGUGGCCCUGCAGGAGGUGGGACGGCUGACCCGGGCGCUGGAGGAGGGCAGGCAGGAGCAGCAGCGGCGGGUGAAGGAGCUGGAGGAGCAGCUGAGCAGGCGGCCGGAGCCAGAGGAGCUGGAUGUGGCCCAAGCUGCGCUGGCCACGGCAGAGGAUGAGAAACUGCAGCUGAGGUUGCGGCUGCAGGAGGCUGAGCGGCGGCUGUUGAGCCUGGAAGAGGAAGUGGCGUUGCUGCAGGAGAAGCUGGCCCAGGAUCCCCCGCUGCAGAGCCAGACCCCUGAACCAGUUGCACGCGUACCACCACCACCACCACCGCUGCCACCACCUGCACCCGCUGUCCCCGUGGACCCACUGGCAGCAAUCAGGCAGAGGAAGGGGCUGGCAAACCUGCAGCGCACCAAACCAGAAGCUGAUGAUGCUAAAGCUCGAGCUGUGCAGGAGAUGAUGGAGCGGAUAAAGAACGGGGUGGUGCUGAGGCCCGCCAAGGACCAGCUGCCCCUGGGCCAGGGUUCGGCAAUGGUGCCCGGCAAGCAGAGGAGCACGGCGCUGGAGCUGCAGGGCAUCCUGGGUGCCAUGAGAAGGGUGAGCAGGAGGUCCAGCCAGCGGCAAAGCAGCCUGAGGGGCAGGGACAAGCAGCUGGAGUCCAUCUUGCAGCGGCGGCGCUGGGCGGUGGAUGCAUCCACACCCGCAACCCCACCUCCAUCCGCGGCGCCCGGCACUGGCUCCCUGCAGCAGGACCCUGAGGAUGCUGGGGCUGUGGGGAGACCGGAUCCUGGCAAGUUGUCCAGUUCAAGACCUGAACUUGCAGCAGGGAGAACGAGCUGGGUCUGCACCAAGCCCCUACGAGAAGCCAGAGCUGCAGGUGGCGGCUGCUCAGCCAUCAGCAUUGUGCCAGAGCGUGGUUUUCGAGGGGGAAGCCAUGUGAUGGGGAGCUGGUGGCUCCUCAAACGUCCCUUCUGCAGGCGGAGGGGGGCACCCCUUCCUUCAGACGAUGCCACAGGGACAUGGAGGGUGUUAGGGCAGGUUUGUGCUGCCCAUCACUUGUGUGGGCCCCUAUAGAAGCAGGCACAUACAUCCUGCAUCCCCUAUAGAGGGCUAAGCCAGCUGCCCAACCCAGGAUGCCUUCUCUCUUCUCCAGUUUAUGCCAUUGUGUACCACAGCAGCGCACCAGCCGUGGCUGCUCCUGAGGAGCGUGCCCAUUCCACACUGCAUCUCCCUCCCAAGGUUAAUUAUCCUCCCUGUUAAAAACACCGGUGUUAGUUGUAGUCUGGAUUUAUGUACCUCCCGCUUCCAGCCAAUGAUUUCAUAAUGCCUUUUUGCAGUAAUUAAAGAGCUGUCUGGGAUCAGGCCGAACGGCCCAAAGCACUAAUGACAUGCCAGGAAACCUGCUCCGCGGCCACGGUGGCACGGGAGAAAGGGUGAGCUGGCUUGGAUGCACCCAAGGAGGGGACAGGUCCCUGCCCAGUGGACCUGUGGUAGCUGCGGUCCCCCGUUCCCUGAGGACAGCCUGGAGUGUUACAGCACUCCAUCACUCUGCUUUUUAAAGUACAUUUUCUUUCUCCUUCUUGAAAGCAUAGCCAACUUGAACUAAAAUAUUUAAGGCAAGGAGCUGAUCUUUCUAAUUACCAAGUGUUUUUCGUCCUGGCCUUUCGAUUCUCCAGACACCUGAGGGCUAUCAUGUGGAAAGCAGACAAGGAAAGGCUGCUUGUGAGAUGUACGAGCUCACCAAACUAAAGGAUGAAUGUCAGCUUGUUCAACAGAUCCUCUUACUGGAAAAGAAGGCAAGAGCCACAGGGACCACAGCACCGAGACCAGCUUCACCAGUUCAGAAAGCCCAGGGAGGCUGGAGCCAGGCUGCCCCCCCUGCUCCUCCUCUCCCCUGGAGCUGAGUUUCUCCAAAUCCAGGUUUUUAGGCGAUCCCAAUCAUGAGGGACCCAGCACCACCGGGCUCUCACCUUUCGAUCCCUGCUGAAUCCGGCCUCCUCUGUGCACCUGCUGGGAGCCAUCGGGGAAAAUGUCGCGGCCCCAGCACGGUUACUCAUCAGCUGCCUGCCCUUUCCCACCGCCGCGCUGCCCGCUCCGUAUCGAGUGAAUUCCUCUCCCCUGAUUACACCCUCCAAACACCCAUGAAAAUCAAUGCCGGCUCUGCUCCCGCCGGAUGGGAAAGCCGUGCCCAGCCGGCUGCACCGUCCCCAAGCUGCUGGAGCCCCCGCAGCCAGGGCAGAGGGGCCGAGCAGGCAGAGAUGCUCUGGAGGGCAGCUGCGUAUUAAUAUACAUGACUCUUCAAUACUUAAUCACAGUGGUAAUUCACACUUCUUUUUAAGCUACAGCUUCUUGCAAACCCACUGUGGGUGGGCUCUGGAGCAUCCUUGCCUCAGCCCUAGGAAUAAUCAGGGAUUUUAGAUCUUAUUCACCAGGUUUCCCAGGUUUCAGGGCAAGGAACAGGGCGUUUUGACCAAAGCCGGGCUCCUGUGAGAGGGUGCAUUUUCAGGAGCCAGCCCCAAACCUCUCUGGUUACAGCAGGAGACAAGAGCCCAGCCGGGGAGCAGAGCAUGGUCCUCACAGCCCCACAGCCUUACCUUCUCCCGUGCAGCUGUAGCCUUUGGGGGUGUGUGUGUGUGCUUUUUCUGGUGCUUGCCUUUUAAAUAUUUAUAGGGUUUCGCUCGCUAUUACUCGUCUUCUCUGAAUCUGGUUCAGCUCAAAGAAAUGUGUGUCAUUAACAUCUUAAAACACCCGAUGAUCACAAGCCAUAGUCAGGAAAAAUGGAUUUGUCAUCUGGAAAAAUACAAAGUAAUCUACCCUUGCUUUCUGGCUAAGUGAACAGGCAAACAAGGAUUAAAAAGACUUGGUAAAAGGGACAUUAGAGCUACUGAUCUUCUCCAUUUACAUCCUAUCCACUAGGUUAGUGGCAGGAGUCCCAGGGCUCUGCUUUUACUGCUGUACCCUGCAGAAAGAGCCCUCCAUCAUGCCCUGCUCUUCCCAUCGUGGCACUGACAGCUCUCAAGGAGUUUUCCAUCCCUCCUGCAUCAUGUUCUAUGAGGUAAAACUAAACUUAAAACCUGAGCAAAGGCUGGUGAGAGGCACGGUGCUUGCCCUGCCAUCCUCGGCCAUGCAGACCUGGCUCAGGGGGGGCUUUGCCUCUUCUGCUGCCCCUGGCCAGCGCCUCUCGCCUGCCCGGGCCCAGCUGCCUGCACCCGAGGCGAUGGAAACUGUGAAGCACAGUUUAGAGCAGAGCUGUGAACACACAUCCAGAGCUUCCCAGCAGCCUGCUGCCCCCCUGGUGCCACCCCCUGCACUGCUGGCCUCCGCCUCCCUCCUCCAUGGCUGGAGCCCUAUUCUUCAGCCUAAAUGUGGCCAAGGUUAAGCUUCAGGGAAGGGUGCAAAAGCAUCCGGCUUGUCCUUCUGCUUGCCCAGGCAGUGAGCAGGGGCAGGGGGGCCCAGCGUCCCCCACCCUGUGGCCUUGAAGCAAAAUUACAGCACAGCACCCGAGCCAGGGAGCAGCUUUGCUAGGAGCUUCCCAGCUCUACAGGCAAGGCCAAUGCUCUUCUCCUACCCCUACCCUUGCAUCUUCUUGCCUGCUUUGCCUGCUGCUAAUCACUCUGCUUUGCUUUCAGUGCUUUUACCUUUCUGCAACUCCCCGAUAACGAAGAGCUCUGUAUAAACACCUCCUGCUAACCCCUUUCAGUGAUCAGCAUCUCCCAAGGCCUCUGCAACAUGCCUUCUGCAGCCCUCGGGUCCCCUCAACAGCUCUCUUGUCCUCCAGUUUUUGUCUAAAAGUAUAAAAAAUAACUAGCAAGCACAGAGGGUAAUUUCCUUACGUGACACCAGCUCAACAUGGGAGCUGAACACUUGUGAGCCAGAGGGAUGCCACCGCAUCCAGCCUCUCCAAUAAGGAAAGGAAAGCCCUGGUGAGUUUAGCAGCACUGGGAACACCAAGCAGAUGAAACCCAAGGGAAGUCACGGUGACCUGCUCAGCAUCUCAUUCCCCUCACAUGGAGUGGAGAAUUGCUUUCUGUGAAAUGGCUUCCUGGGGCCUCGCUCAGCCAGCCAGCACUACUGCAGCAUCCUGGCCACUCAGGGAGGCUUCCAGCAAAACCAGAGAAGAGAAGAGUGGGUAUUUCCAACAUUAAAAUCACACAAAACGCA